GCCCCUUCCAGCGAGGGCGGACUGCCUUGGCCUUUAAGCGCCCGCUGACGCUCAACUGAAAGAGGCUCGGGUCAGUCCCCACACCAUGCCCGUUUUGCGCUCCGAGCCAGAGUGCGCCUGAGCCGUCCGGGCCUCGGUGUCCCCGCGGGUCUUGCGCCGCCGCCUCUCCGUGAUGCAGGCGCGCGCCCUACUCCCUGCCACGCUGGCCACGCUGGCCACGCUAGCUGUGUCGGUCCUGGCCCGGGAGCCCCCGGCGGCGCCUUGUCCUGCGCGCUGCGACGUGUCGCGCUGUCCGAGCCCUCGCUGCCCUGGGGGCUAUGUGCCAGACCUCUGCAACUGCUGCUUGGUGUGCGCCGCCAGCGAGGGUGAGCCCUGCGGCCGCCCCCUGGACUCGCCAUGCGGGGACAGUCUGGAGUGCGUACGCGGCGUGUGCCGCUGCCGUUGGACCCACACGGUGUGUGGCACAGACGGGCACACAUAUGCCGACGUGUGCGCGCUGCAGGCCGCCAGCCGUCGUGCGUUGCAGAUCUCCGGGACUCCAGUGCGCCAGCUGCAGAAGGGUGCCUGCCCCUCUGGUCUCCAUCAGCUGACCAGUCCGCGGUACAAGUUCAACUUCAUCGCCGAUGUGGUGGAGAAGAUCGCGCCAGCCGUGGUCCAUAUAGAGCUCUUUCUGAGGCACCCUCUGUUUGGCCGAAAUGUGCCACUGUCCAGUGGCUCGGGCUUCAUCAUGUCAGAAGCCGGCUUGAUCGUCACCAACGCCCACGUGGUCUCCAGCUCCAACACCGCCUCAGGUCGGCAGCAGCUGAAGGUGCAACUGCAGAAUGGGGAUGCUUAUGAGGCCACCAUCCAGGACAUCGACAAGAAGUCAGACAUCGCCACCAUCUUAAUCCACCCCAACAAAAAGCUCCCCGUGUUACUGCUGGGUCACUCGGCAGACCUGCGGCCUGGCGAGUUUGUGGUGGCCAUCGGCAGUCCCUUUGCCCUGCAAAACACCGUGACAACGGGCAUCGUCAGCACUGCCCAGCGGGAUGGCAAAGAGCUGGGCCUCCGGGAUUCGGACAUGGACUAUAUCCAGACAGACGCCAUCAUCAAUUAUGGGAACUCAGGAGGCCCCCUGGUGAACCUGGAUGGUGAGGUCAUCGGCAUCAACACGCUCAAGGUGGCGGCUGGUAUCUCCUUUGCCAUCCCCUCGGAUCGCAUCACGCGCUUCCUCUCUGAGUUCCAAGACAAGCAUGUGAAAGCCCUCUCACGAGCACUGCACUGAGAGCAGGGGCCUUCCUCCUGCUUGCCCCCUCCUUUGCGGCCCUGUCAGCCACACACAAGGAUCCCAGUACAGCCAAGACCCGUCCCAUGAAGAACUGCAAGCGAGGAGCCUCAUUCUGUUCCAAGUGGCCCUAUGAAGAUGACAGGAGCAGGCAGAGCCUGUCCCUCCCAGGAAUCCGAGGCACCUUCUGGUGAAUAGUGGGAACUAGCCACCUUUUCUCUUGGCUAGUAGGAAGCUCAGAACUAGACCAGGGUUCCUAGACCAUGGGUAGCCUUGGCCCUUUGUGUAGUGACUAGAAUUUUCCAGUUAGCUUGCUUAUGGGAUUGGAACUGGGAUAGACUGGUCUGUGGGUGACUGCUAUGCUGGAAAUGGGCCAGAGACCUCUUGUCCCCUGGAUGCUUCUUCUAUUCUCAGACAAGAACUCCCUGGGGGUUAGGAUCUGCUCCUCUGUUGUAGAGCAACUGUCCUAGUCACUGUGUCCUGGUCACUCAGCCCAGGCUCUUUGGAAAUGCUCACCCCCAUUCCAGAGCUGUUAUCACCCAAGGACAGUGCCUUCCUACUACCAGAGGAUCUGAUAAGGCUUAGCUAAGUGGGGUCCAUUGACUUAAAGUCAUUCUGAAAUGUGUGCUUAUUUAUGCUUUUCCGUUUCUAAAUAAAAACAUCAGAUGAUCUGAACCCUGCUAAUCUAAGUUCUUUAACACAUCCCUUUUAUUAAAUCAGGGAGGCAUUGAGAGCAUCUCUUUUCUCAUCCAGGGGUUGGUGCAGAUUCUGAGUGACUGGAGCAGUGUUGGUCAGCGGAGCUGUCCCCUUGGCUGUGAGCCAGGAGCUUUGGGAUAACAAGGGAGGCAGGGCACACCCCUGCUUCUUCUGGUCUCAGAUUCCCUUUGAAGAACUCUCAUGCCUGGUAGAGUCCCAGAAGAGGAGGUGGGUGGGUAUAGGGAGUACACAGGGCCUGCCACCAAAGCAGGAGCUUGAGCUGGGCCCCAAGCAGAGCAACACUCAGCUGUACUUCUCUGCAGCCUUCAGGGGACGGAGCUAGGAACCUUGACUGCAGACGAUUAGACUAGCCUUGGACCAGAGGUCCGACCUAGCCUCAACUCCUUCCAAGACUGCGCAAGUGUAUGAUUGGCUGAGCUGCCCUGUCCUCUCCUAAGCUGUGCCCUCAGAGCCUUCCCUCUGGUGAGGAGAGAAACCCAGAGGACUUUGGAACCAUGUGACAUCUGGAUGAUGGGCGUGGACAAGAGAGAAGAGAAACAGGAGCUCGGAAAAUGGGGACGUGCCUAUCCCAGCUGUGGGCAGGACAGGGUAGCCCAACAUCACAGAAGGCCAGCGAGGGUGGGCUAUUGAGGAGACUGUCAGAGCAGGAGACCUACAUGACUAGGUAUUGUGCGGUAUUGGGGAGGGGGUAAUGGUAAGUAGGACAUGUUGACUUCUGGGCAGGGGUCAGUGGCUGAGAGGAGGCGAGGAGACUUCAGGGUAUACCUACCUUUUCAUGGUUGAAUCGGGCUUUGUUCAAAGACUGAGGCAUUGGGGUUUAUCAACAGGCAAGGGGUGGUAUGGGAGCAGUGUGUGUGUGUGUGUGUGUGUGUGUGUGUGUGUGUGUGUGUGUGUGUGUGUGUGUGUGUGUAAGGGGCAUCAACCAGAAGCUGAGGAGCUGCCAAAGACAGCUGGGGUUCCUUUGCGCUGACCUGAGAGAAAUCACAGACAGGCAAAGGGCAGCUCCAAAGAGGUCUGAGAGUUACUGCUCCAGAGUGCAGGGGGUGGGGACCCUCUGCUCCUCUCCUCACUGCUCUCUAUAUUUACAGACUGGGAGUCUCUACUCUUUCUGGGCUCUUCAUGGUCUUUUGUCUGUGGUAUUGUUUCUCGGCCAUCUUCUCUCAGAGUUUAUCCUCUGUUGAUCUCUGGAACUCUUCAGAGCUUCUGGUGUCAGCGUCUGUAUCUCUUGGUGCUUCUCUGAAACACUCAGCUUCUUCUUGGGGCUACGGCUCCAAGCUUUGGGUGUCACGGUCUACAGCUCUUAGUGGCUCUCUGAAAUACUCAGCUUCUUCUUGGGGCUACAGCUCCAAGCUUUGGGUGUCACGGUCUACAGCUCUCAGUGGCUCUCCGGAACUCUCAGCUGCCUCCUUGCUGCUGCCAACCAGACUGUUUUGUUUUAUUUUGUACUUUUGUCUGCUUUUUGUGUAACCAGUUCAACCCACUACUUGUGAUAAAGAUCAGAAGUAGGCAGAAGGACCACUCAGGAAAAAGCUUUUGUAGGGGCUGGAGGGAUAUGUCCUUAUAUAGCUACAGAGAGCACGGUAGGAUUCCACCAAUGACACGUCAGCAUCCUACCUACCAAUCCCAGGUCUCUCAUGAGCUCAACCACUUUCUGCCUAUCACAAGCUAUUUGUGAUUGACAGCUCCUACAGUCACUGGGGCGGUGCCUCCCUCACCCCUAACUUGUUGCAGAUUGUUACUGCCGGGGCUGAAGCAUCUGUGGACAGGGGUCACCGAGCCUUCUCAAGGUUGGAGUCGGGUGUCCCAGAACUGUCUGGAGCUGGCCUGGGUAGAGCAAGACCUCCUCCUGGCUCUGGUGGCAGCUGUGGCUGCCGAGGUUCUUGCAGCUGGAGUGGAGCUCCCCCUGAGGACUGCGGAGUGUGCACAACAGGCAUACUGGCUACCAAAGGAGAGUUUGCUUGGCUCACACACCCUCCUCCCACCCCCACUCCAUCCCCACUCAAAGCUGUGAGGCAGAAGGGCCUGUCAUGUCAUCCAGGGGACUGAAGGGCCUGCUCUAAAAAUAGGCCUUACACGAUUUAAAGAAGAAACCUACCCAGAAACACUAAAGUCUGCUUAGACUAAGAAACCUGUGUGGGAAUAAUGUCACUAGUGUCCCCUGCUUACCCCUAGAGGUAGGCAUCCCUCUAACCUGCCUCAGAAUGAAUCCUCAAAUGUGUGAAGCCCUGGCUGGGGCUUUGCCCACAACAUUGGAGGUCUGUGUGAAGGUGGCAAGCAUCGUUCAGUGGCACUUACCAUAGCCACUGCCCUCUAGGUCUAGAACAUUCUCAGGUCCCAGCUGUCUCAGUCCUUUAAGGUACCCUCCCCUCUUCUGCCUUGUCAUUCUGUCACUGAUGCUCUGAGGCUUACAAAGUGGGGUUACGUGAGGGCAAAGUGAUGAUUCCCACCUGUGCUAGUCUUUCCAAUUGGGCUGCAUGUGUUUACAGAGGUGUUUUCUCCACAGAGAUAGGCACAGAAUGGAAGAGUUCAGUUACAACUGCACUAGCCUCGAAAGUCCAUAGACCCGCACCUCUCCUCUGUACCUCGCCUCAGCAGUGUGUCUAAAGUAUCCAGCCUCUGUGGCUGGGGCUGGGGCACUGCCAGAUGACCUGUAGUGGUAGUCCCCCAUUAAAGAUGUCUCUGGGGGUUGGGAAUUUGGCUCACUGGUAGAGCACUUGCCUAGCAAACGCAAGGCCCUGGAUUCGGUCCCCAGCUCUGAAAAAAAAGAUGUCUCUGAACGUAAAGAUAGCCCCAGCCUGUUGCCAGAAAGACACCCCUCACAGGAAAAUGAUCAGGUCCUGCUCCCCACACCUAUGGGAAGCCGAGGCCUUGUGCUUUUUAAACAUGGCCUUGAGCUACAGGUCAAGUGGAGGUGUCAAAGGAGGGGGUAUCUUGGACACGCAAGCUUAGGACUCAGGCUUCAUCCUGUCCUGAUCCAGGUUCCUGGAUGUAGGUGGCAUCUGCAGUGGUGCCCUGGAUUCCCCACUCACCUUCCAGCCUCUCCUUGCAUGAGCUGAAUGUACAAAUGCUUGUGGGACAUCACAUGAAUAUCAGGGCACUGUACCUGCACCCCACCUGCUAAGCACUACAUUAAGGGCACCCCCUCAUCCUCUCCGAGUCCUACACCCUUCUACCCUCCAUCUGCAAGUCUCUAGGCCCUUCCUCCUGGACACAUCUGCAUUGGCUCCACUGCCACUCCAUUACCCAGCAUCAGCGGCCACCCUCGUCCUAGCUCACUAUGGUGCUACUCCGGCCACACCACAGACCUCCCACAAGCCUCAGAACUACAGCCUAAGUAUGUCUGUGAUUCAAGUAGAAUCUUGAGUCGUCUGUGGCCAACCCAGCUCCUCUGGGCAUUGUAGAUACUCAGUCAUCAUUUGCUUUGGAUGAUGGAUUCUUCUAGCACCGCUUGCCCAAAGGAUGCUCCUUUCUCCACCUACGUGGUUUCCCAACCUUACCACAAAACUGAGUAACUCAGUCCUUCUGAGACGUUCCAGUGCUGCAUGGCCGUGCCUUCUGUUCUCCUAGGAAGUCCUGAGGUUAGCCCUCCCCCUCUGCUGGUUCUCAUCAGCUCUGCUCUCCGAGCUCUUUUGUUCCAAACACAGUUGAGAAUCAGCUGUUCUAUUUCUAUGGAAGAAAAUCAAAAGUCUGCAAGUGGAUCUGUCAAAAAAUCUUGGGUGAGGGGUUGGUAUUUUAACAGUGUUGCAGACUCAGAUCCGGGAUCACAACAUCUGGCUUUCUUCAGCAUAUGUUACACUGAGUAUACAGUCUACAGGCCAACUUCUGACGGCCUGCUACCAGACUCUACAAGCAAACUUGACCUUGGUACGUUGAAUCUUUGAUAACUUAUGGGUUCUAGUAGCUUCCUUGGUAGAUUUCACUGGGUUUUCUAUGUAGACGAUCGUGUGGUCUGUAAAUAGAGAUGGUCCUCUCCUUCUCCUUCUGAAGGGCCACACUCAUCCCCAAUAUUGAAUAAAAUGUUGAAUAAAGGGUUUGGGAAUGGGCUCCCUUGUCCUGUCCCUGCAGGGAGAAGAUCCAGUCCCUUGUCACUAGGCAUACUGAUGGGCAAAGGUUUUUGUUUUUUGUUUUUUGUUUUUAAGUUGAAAAGCCGCCAUCCUGUUUCUGGCUUCUCGUGGGUACACAUGUGAGAUUUUUGUGUUUAACUCAUAGUACGGCUUUUCCUUUUUAGUCUAUAACUACCAUUAGCUCAUUUUUGCUCUUUUACUUUGUAAGGUAUUGGAGACUGAGCCUAGAUUGUGUACAUACUAGACAAGUCCUCUACCAUUGAUCCUUAUUCCCAGCCGUCUUCUGACUUUUUGUUUUGAGUCAAGGUGUCAUUACAUCUCCGAGGUUGGCCUUGAGCUCACUCUGUACCUCAAGUAGGCCUUGAACUGGACACUCUCCUGGCUUAGCCUCUGGAGUAGCUGGUAUGAUAGACCUACACCACUAGGUCAGGCUGACCUUUUUUUUUUUUUUUUUUUUUUUUGUUCUUUUUUUUCGGAGCUGGGGACCGAACCCAGGGCCUUGCGCUUCCUAGGUAAGCGCUCUACCACUGAGCUAAAUCCCCAGCCCCCAGGCUGACCUUUUAAUGUGAGACCAUCCCAUGCAUCCCUAUAUUAAAUAUCUCAGCCCUGAGGUGCUACACAUUUUGUAGCCCCUGAUUUGCUGCAAACGUUUGAAGCAGCUGUGUCUCUACCAAGAUAUGAGGUUGUUGGUUUAGUUUCUGGGUACGGUCAGGAGACACCAGGGUCAUAUCCAGUCCCAUGGAGGCGUCUGUAGAACCUGUGCUAUUUCUUUCUUCAAAUGCUGGUUUCCACGGUGAUGUCUUCUGGGUCUGAGCUCUUUCUGGGAAUACUUUUAACCACUCAUCAACCUCUUUACUAGAUGGAGGGCUUUGGGCCGUUCGUUCCUUCUUGAGUGGACAUAAGUGCUUGGCGCUUUCCGGACCCCAAGUGGUGGGAUGCAUGGAUGCAAGCAGUGGUUAGCUCUCCUAGCAGCCUUGUGAUGUCUGAAGGCCUGCAGCAACGCCUCCUCUCUAAUCCUUGACAGUGACGAUGUCAGUUCACCGACAUUGACACCUAUCCAUCUCUUCCUCGUGAUCACACUGGCUGAUGAUUGGUUCACUUUAUUAAUUUCAGAAGAAUGGCUUUUGAUUCAUUUAUUUCUUUGCUGGGUUAUUUUGUGUCUCAUUGACUCAUAGUUUCAUCUUCUGCUUCCUUUGAGUUUCACGUGGCCACCUUUUUCUUGUUUCUAAGAGGAAUCUGAGGCCACUGGUCUGAGACUUUCCUCUUAAAUUAAAAAAUAUAUAUAUUAUCGGGGCUGGAGAGAUGACACAGCAGUUAGGAGCAGUUAUUGGCCUUACAGAGAGCCUGGGUUCAGUUCCCAGCA